AUGGCAGUCGUCGCAACGGUCGACCACUGCAAUCAGGAGCUCCGAUGCACGCUCACCCAGACCAAUGAUCAGUUGCUAAUGACCAACAAUCUAGAGGAGAAACGCGCGAUGCGUGCGAUGAAAAAACGGCUACAGGAUCGCCUCUACCAGCGCAAGCACCGUGCGAAACGAGAACAGCGGAUUUAUUCAAUCGAACACGACGUGCAAGCUCUAAAGAAUAAGAUCGCGCAACUGUAUCGAGAGCUGCAGCACCGAAAGCUAGUGGUAGCCAACGCAGAGGCUCACCGCCGACAACACUUGCAAGUGCAGCAAAAGCCGCUUCAGAAGCACGCACAGGCCAUCGUUAUGCAGUUCUUUCGCGUGUACCAUUAUGGGUACUCGCUAGCCUUGGCUGGGCUGCAAGAGCGUUUUCUGCGCUCCAUCUUGACUCCCGACGUCGUGGGGGCUGAACUGCACGGUGUCGAUGCUUUUGUACACCAGUGGCGUCUCUACUAUCGGUGCUUUUCGUUGUUCAUUCUUGAGCCACGAGCCUGGAGAAUGCAAACUACAGGAGACCAAUCCGUGACAAUAGAGGUCGAGGUGAUACACUACCUCCGCUUGCAUCACCACACCAUCGGCAUGCUCUUCCCCAGUAUCAAGACAGGACAAGUGAGUCUGGACGUCGUGCGACCGCUCAUCACGGACACUACAGCCGUCGCUGGUACCUUUGCAUUUACCAUAGAUCGCACGGGCCAUGUGGAUAAGCUGAUAGUGAAGCUACAGCUUUUGGAAACGCUCCAACGAGUGCUGGGCUCACUAGAAAGUGUCGUCCGACUUACAAAAGGUGGAAACCUCGCGCUCAGCAGCGGCACAAUUACGAUCGCGUAG